AUGGCACUCUUAAGAAUCUUUUUAAACUCUGACUGGACCUCGGUAGCGCUAACUUUGAUCGCCGUCUACAUUUCAUUCUACUACUACAAAUAUUUCUCGAGAAAGAAUAAAGUACCUGGACCUUUGCCAUUGCCAUUAAUUGGAAACUUGCUGGAUGCAGCAAAAUUUGGUCUUAAUAAUGCUCCAGAAUGGGCUUUUGCAUUAAGCCAACGUUACGGCGAAAUUUAUGAAAUUUACCUUGGUUCGCAGAAAGUUGUUGUGAUCAGUAAUGCGGAACUCAUGGAUAAAUUGAUGGAUCCGUCGACCAAGACUAAUUUCUUUAAUAGGUAUCCGGCCAAUAGCAAUUUAAAAGAAUUAGGAUACAAUGGAAAUGGAGUUUUCUUUAAUCACAAUUUCGAAAAUUGGAAAUUCAACAGAAAAUUCUUGUCGAAAUCAUUAAUGUCGCCUAAAUUUCAAGCGGAAACCUUACAACAGCAACAAGAGUCCUUUUGCGAUGCAUCACAAUAUCUGGACUUUAUUAGCGAUGAAAACAGUGGCGGGUCGGCAGGACCGACCAAAAUAAACUUAGCCACCACAAUUUUGAACUUCAAUGCCGACUUGAUUAUAAGAAUGGCAACUGGUAAAAAAGGAGGCUCAUUAGUCAAUCACCUAGAAAAUACUUACUCGCUCGAGAACUAUACAAAGACGAAAAAAAUAAAACAAAACUCAGGCAGUAAUUCCGUCGCGAGAGAACUUUCAAUCGAAUUCCCAAAACUCACACAUGAAUGGGGUGUUGACAUACUCUACAUUUUUUCGCUGCCGAAAUGGUUGAGACAUUACGUCCCAGGAUUCAGUCACUUUAACACAAAAUGCGUAAAACAUGCGAAGAGCCUCAACGAUAUAUUGUACGGAAUAAUUGAUGAGCGAGAGAAAGAAAUCGCAACCUUACCAAAAGAAGCGGAUUUAGAGUCGAAUUUAUUGACUAUGUUAUUGACCACUAAUACUGAACGAGAUCCGGAUCGAAUGAUUGACGUUAAUGGAGGAUUUAUGGGAACUUUGGAGAAAAGUGAAAUUAGUAGAAUAUUAUUGGAAGUUUGUCAUGGAAGCAUUGAAGAGACGAGUUGGGUAUUCAGUUUAGCAACUUACUACAUUCUAAAAAUUCCAAAUGUUCAAAGAAAAUUCCUCAAAGAAAUCGAAACAAUUCUUAGCUUUGAUUACGAACACCAAAUAACAUUCGAAGAUUUGAAAAAAUUCAAGUACUUGAACGCUAUAAUCCACGAAACCUUGCGAUUAUUCCCUCCACUCCCCGUGAUGGGCAGAGUCAACACGACAGUCGACGAAGUAGGCGGAUACAAAUGGGAGCCGGACACAUUGUUUUGGCCAUUCUUUCAAGGAUUACACAUGAAUGAGAAGCAUUGGUCGAAUCCUCAAGAAUUCAAUCCUGAGAGAUUUUUGAAUACAAACAAUGGCAGCAAUUUUGAAGAUGAUCUGUCCUCGAUGUUUGAAAAGAAUUCGUAUCUUCCGUUUGGCGGCGGUAUACGAAAAUGCCCGGGAAGAAAUAUGGCAAUGGUUAAUAUCAAGUCUAAUCUGAUUAGUUUAUUUAGAAAGUAUAAAGUCGAGUUAGCGGACAAAAACGCGCCACCCAUGACUGGAUUCACAGGAGUAUAUCAAUUUAAAGAGUUGGAUGUUUAUUUACAACCUAGAAAUAAUUAG